AUGCAAGGCUACACACUCUCAUUCAUCUUAAUAUGCCUUCUAGUUGUGCAUUGUGUAUCACAUGUGGUCACAUGUUAUGACCCUCAGUACAAACUUGCCACACCUAUUAGUGGUAUUCAACAAUCAUACUAUGCUCAUUGUGGUUCAGGUGGAGAAAUCUACGUUGCACACACAGUAAAAAGCUAUGUGUUUGUCCAGUAUCCAAAUGGUACAUCUGUUGGGUUGGCAGGACAAUUUAAUUCUAGAGGAUAUUCAGGUGAUGGUGGUCUUGCAAUCAAUGCUAAACUUAAUUCACCAAUGGGUCUUGGAUUCAGCAAGGAUGGUGAUACAUUCUUCACUGAAAAUAUCAAUAAUAUUGUUAGAAAGGUCGACAAGAAUGGUAUAAUUUCAACAUACGGUUCAGCAUUCUCUCCAGUGAGCUUGACAAUGAGUGAAACUGAUGAUGUGUUGGUUGGUACUGACUACUCAAUCAAGCAAAUAUUCAAGAAUGGAACCAAUGUUCGCAUUGCUGGAGCAUCUUAUGGUUAUGGUGGCGAUGGCUCGCUUGCUAAAGAUUGUAAAAUUACAUCUCCAAGAGGUAUCACUGCUGCAAUUGGAUCAAUCUACUUUGCAGAUGCAUUCAAUCAUAGAAUUCGAAAGAUUGAUAAGGAUGGAAUAGUUACAACUAUUGCUGGCACUGGUACUCUAGGUUUUAGUGGUGAUGGUGGUUUGGCAGUCAAUGCACAGCUAUAUACUCCUGCUGGUUUAGAUGUCCUGCCAACAGGUGUUGUUUUCAUUGCUGAUGUCAAUAAUCACAGAAUUAGAAGAGUGUCAAAGGAUGGUAUUAUAACAACAGUGGCAGGAACUGGUACUUCUGGAACUAGUGGUGAUGGUUCUCUUGCUACAUUGGGGAGAAUAUAUGGACCUUCAAGUAUCUCAAUAUGUCCCACUAAUGGAGAAAUCAUUUUUGCAACCCAAUCUGAGAUUCGAAAGCUUAUUCCAUUUUGUGAUCGAUUCUCUUCUUUCAAUGUAUCAACACACACUUGUGAAUGUUGGAGUGGUUAUCAUGGAGCUUAUUGUAACUCAUUUGAAUGUUAUAACAUUCCUUCAAAUCAGUCAAAUGUUUGUUCUGCUCAUGGGCAAUGCUCAUCCAGAAAUAAUUGCACUUGUGAGGAGGGCUACUAUGGAAAUCAAUGUGAAAUGUAUGAAUGUUAUGGAAUUAAGAAGAAUUCUUCAUCUGUUUGCUCUUCAAGAGGUGUAUGUACCUCACCAAACUAUUGCUCAUGUAGUGGUGGAUAUUAUGGAAAUCGAUGUGAAAUGCAUGCUUGUUUUGGUGUAGAGAAGAAUUCCUCAUCUGUUUGCUCUUCACGUGGAAGUUGUGCAUCUCCAAAUAAUUGCACCUGCAUGAAAGGAUAUUAUGGAGUCAGCUGUCAAAAUUUCGAUUGCUUUGGAGUCAAAUUUGAUAAUAGUUCAGUUUGCUCUUCUCAUGGUAGAUGUGCUUCCGCCAAUAAUUGCACAUGUCAUGAUGGUUAUUAUGGAAAUCAAUGUGAAAUGUAUGAUUGUUUUGGAAUUAAGAAGAAUUCUUCAUCUGUUUGCUCCUCAAGAGGUGUAUGUACCUCACCAAACAAUUGCUCAUGUAUCAACAGUGCUUAUUAUGGAAAUCAAUGUGAAAGUUUCGAUUGCUUUGGAGUCAAAUUUGAUAAUAGCUCAGUUUGCUCUUCUCAUGGUAGAUGUGCUUCUGCUAAUAAUUGCACAUGUCAUGAUGGUUAUUAUGGAGAUCAAUGUGAAAUGUUUGAUUGUUUUGGAAUUAAGAAGAAUUCCUCACAAGUUUGUUCUUCAAGAGGUAAUUGCCUUGCCCCAAAUCAAUGUUCGUGCAGAGAAGUGGAGGGUUAUUUUGGAGAGAAUUGUCAGCUAUUCAAAUGUAAAGAAAUACUACAUAACCACUCAUCAGUUUGUUCUCAAAAUGGUAAAUGCAUAGAUGUAGACGAAUGUAAAUGUAAUGAAGGAUAUUCUGGAAAGAAUUGUGAAUUUACCACAUGUUUUGGAAUUGAACAAUACUCCACACAUGUUUGUAAUGAAGGAAAUGGUACUUGUCUAUCAUUCGAUACUUGCAAGUGCAACAAUAUUUCAAAGUGGAUGGGAGAAUCAUGUAAUGUGACCUUUUGUUUCGAUAAGUUAUCUAACGAUUCAACAGUUUGCAAUUCCCAGGGAGAAUGUGAAAAUUUCAACACUUGCAAAUGUAUGAAAGGCAUUGUGGGAGAACAGUGUCAGUACAGAUAUCUCACUAAUUCUUCCAUGUUGUUGCAAUUCAAUGCUUCGGUUGACUAUGUUCAAUUUAUCACUUCAUCGCUUUCCUUCAGUAUUGUACAAGACAACUUCUUGGGCUACUUCAAUUCCAGUGAGCAGAUCGAAUUAGUUAUUGCUUACUAUAUUGAUGAUCAAUUUUUGUCAUUCCAUCAGUUUCCAUUGCUUUCAUCAAACUUUACAACAAGUAUUCCUAUCGGAGUUACAGUUGGAAAACUGACUGCAUUAUCAUAUCUAAUUUUCAAAAAUCAAACAAUAAUCAGUGAUUCCGUUCAAACUACUUCUCCAAUUUCUAUUCAUAAGUAUUCGAAUCCUUCUAGAACUAUAGUAGUUUCAAUCCCAUCAACCUCUGAGGGAAGAAAUGAUUUUGCAAAGGAAGAAUUAAUGAGUGGUGGGGCCAUUGCAGCUGCUGUGGUUGUUCCAAUAGUUGUGGUUUCAAUUCUUGCACUCAUAAUUAUCCUUAUUGUCAUAUUAGUUGUGGUUUUAAUGAAAAGGAAAUCCAAAGCUAGACAACCAUCCAAUCUCAAAAUGUGGAAAUGGUGGAAGCUACCAUCACCAUCAUCAAGUGAUAAAUCUAGUAAUUCUAUUGGUGGUAUAAAUUCUAGUGGUAGUAGUAGUACAAAUAAUCAAGUUACAGCAGUACCUACUGAAAGGAAGAAAAAAUCAUCAGAUGGUCUUGUUAGAAAAUUAUGUUGUUUGUGCGAAAAUGAAAAGGGACAUCCAAAUGGUUUUCUUGUUGCAACAGAUCAAAUUAAAAGACUACCUAGUAAUUUGAGCUUUAUGGUUUCCGAUAAACACCUAGACUAUCUUAAAAAACAAAGACAAGCAAAGAAUAUUUGUUGUGAUCAAUGUUGGGAAACUAAAAUUCAACCUAUAAUUGGUGAAUUUCCUUCUGAUCCUAGUAGUAGUAAUGUAAAUUUAAUUUCCAAUAAUUAUUCCGAAGAGAAUGAUAAUAGAAGAAAAAUAACUUCACCUAAGUCAAAACAAAAAACACCAAAGAAGAAAAAAUCAGUACUUUUACCCCCUCCAGAAGCCACAUCAUUUGAUCAAGUAUUUGAUAGAUCAAUUCCAGAAAGAAAGAAGUUUUUAAGUCAACACGUUCACCCUGUAUUGUUAAAUGAUAUUUGUAAAGGAAAUAAGGAAGCAUAUCAAACACUUCUUGAAGAUUUAUCACUAAGUCCACAUUUUUUGAUUCAGAAUUAUAGAUUGGAAUCAUUACUUAAACCUGUAAGAAAUGUAAACAGAAAGAUAACAAAAUCCCACAUAACACGAUAUAUUUUAAAGAAGAGAAAUGAAAAUGGAAAAUAA